AUGCCGCGGGCACCUGCCCAGAGCCCCCCCCCCACCCAGACUGGCUCCCUUGGGAGUUUGGGGGUCAGUCUGAAAGCCGAUGCCCCCAAAGAGUCGCAGGGUCAGAAAGCUUGGAUAGAGAAAAUCUUUUGCAAACGGGAAUGUAUUUUUGUGAUUCCCAGCACAAAAGACCCUAACAGGUGUUGCUGCGGCCAGUUCAUCAACCAGCACAUUCCCCCUCCACCAAGCCUGACCCCCAGCAAAAAUGGGGAAGAAAGCAAACAGGUGGAGGCGCAGCCUGAGAAAUGGUCUGUCACCAAACACACCCACAGCUACCCGACGGAUUCCUAUGGGAUUCUUGAAUUCCAAGGGGGCGGAUACUCCAACAAAGCCAUGUAUAUCCGUGUAUCCUACGACACCAAGCCUGACUCACUGCUCCAUCUCAUGGUGAAAGAUUGGCAGCUGGAGCUCCCCAAGCUCUUAAUAUCUGUGCAUGGAGGCCUGCAGAACUUUGAGAUGCAGCCCAAGCUGAAGCAGGUCUUUGGGAAAGGCCUGAUCAAGGCCGCCAUGACCACUGGGGCCUGGAUCUUCACUGGGGGUGUCAGCACAGGUGUCAUCAGCCACGUGGGGGACGCCUUGAAAGACCACUCCUCCAAGUCCAGAGGCCGGGUUUGUGCCAUAGGAAUCGCGCCCUGGGGAAUCGUGGAGAAUAAGGAAGACCUGAUUGGAAAGGACGUGACAAGAGUAUAUCAGACCAUGUCCAACCCUCUGAGCAAACUCUCCGUGCUCAACAACUCCCACACACACUUCAUCCUGGCCGACAACGGCACCCUGGGCAAGUAUGGCGCAGAGGUGCGGCUGCGCCGGCUGCUGGAAAAGCACAUCUCCCUGCAGAAGAUCAACACAAGACUGGGGCAGGGAGUGCCCCUCGUGGGCCUCGUAGUGGAAGGGGGCCCUAAUGUGGUUUCCAUCGUCUUGGAAUACUUGCGAGAAGAUCCUCCGGUCCCCGUGGUCAUUUGUGAUGGCAGCGGACGAGCCUCGGACAUCCUGUCCUUUGCACAUAAGUACUGUGAAGAAGGCGGGGUAAUAAAUGAGUCCCUCAGGGAUCAGCUUCUCGUUACCAUUCAGAAAACAUUUAAUUACAACAAGACCCAAUCCCAUCAGCUGUUUGCAAUUAUAAUGGAGUGCAUGAAGAAGAAAGAACUCGUCACUGUGUUUAGAAUGGGCUCUGAGGGCCAGCAGGACAUUGAGAUGGCCAUUUUAACUGCCCUACUGAAAGGGACAAAUGUAUCGGCUCCGGAUCAGCUGAGCUUGGCGCUGGCGUGGAACCGCGUGGACAUAGCUCGAAGCCAGAUCUUUGUCUUUGGGCCCCACUGGCCGCCCCUGGGAAGCCUGGCCCCCCCAACAGAUAGCAAAGCCACGGAGAAGGAGAAGAAGCCACCCAUAGCCACCACCAAGGCGGGGAGAGGAAAGGGAAAGGGCAAGAAGAAAGGGAAAGUGAAAGAAGAAGCGGAGGAGGAAACCGACCCCCGGAAGUUAGAGCUGCUGAACUGGGUGAGUGCUCUGGAGCAGGCGAUGCUGGACGCUUUAGUGCUAGAUCGCGUGGACUUCGUGAAGCUGCUGAUUGAAAACGGAGUGAACAUGCAGCACUUUCUGACCAUCCCGAGGCUGGAGGAGCUUUAUAACACAAGACUGGGUCCACCAAAUACACUCCAUCUGCUGGUGAGGGAUGUAAAAAAGAGCAACCUCCCACCUGACUACCACAUCAGCCUUAUAGACAUCGGACUGGUGCUGGAAUACCUCAUGGGGGGCGCCUACCGCUGCAACUACACUCGGAAAAGCUUCCGGACCCUGUACAACAACUUGUUUGGACCAAAGAGGCCUAAAGCUCUUAAGCUUCUGGGAAUGGAAGAUGAUGAGCCUCCGGCCAAAGGGAAGAAAAAGAAGAAGAAGAAGAAGGAGGAGGAGAUGGACAUCGACGUGGAUGACCCGGCAGUCAGCCGCUUCCAGUACCCCUUCCACGAGCUGAUGGUGUGGGCCGUGCUCAUGAAGCGCCAGAAGAUGGCCGUGUUCCUGUGGCAGCGCGGGGAGGAGAGCAUGGCCAAGGCGCUGGUGGCCUGCAAGCUCUACAAGGCCAUGGCCCACGAGUCCUCCGAGAGCGAGCUGGUGGACGACAUCUCCCAGGACCUGGACAACAACUCCAAGGACUUCGGCCAGCUUGCUCUGGAGUUGUUGGACCAGUCCUAUAAGCAUGAUGAACAAAUUGCCAUGAAGCUUCUGACCUACGAGCUGAAAAACUGGAGCAACUCAACCUGCCUCAAACUGGCCGUGGCAGCCAAGCACCGGGACUUCAUCGCUCACACCUGCAGCCAGAUGCUGCUGACUGACAUGUGGAUGGGGAGGCUGCGAAUGAGGAAGAACCCUGGCCUGAAGGUGAUCAUGGGGAUUCUCCUCCCCCCCACCAUCCUCUUUCUGGAAUUCCGCACAUAUGAUGAUUUCUCAUAUCAAACUUCCAAGGAAAACGAAGACGGCAAAGAAAAGGAAGAGGAGAGUGUGGAUGCAAACGCAGAUGCCGGCUCAAGAAAGGGGGAUGAAGAGAACGGGCACAAAAAGCACAGACGCAUCCCCAUCGGGACAAAGAUCUGCGAGUUCUACAAUGCUCCUAUCGUCAAGUUCUGGUUUUACACAAUAUCAUACCUGGGCUACCUACUCCUGUUCAACUACGUCAUCCUGGUACGAAUGGACGGCUGGCCCUCUCUCCAAGAGUGGAUUGUCAUCGCCUACAUUGUGAGCCUGGCAUUAGAGAAAAUACGAGAGAUCCUCAUGUCAGAACCAGGCAAACUCAGCCAGAAAAUAAAAGUUUGGCUUCAGGAGUACUGGAACAUCACGGAUCUCGUGGCCAUUUCCACGUUCAUGAUCGGAGCAAUCCUUCGCCUACAGAACCAGCCGUACAUGGGCUACGGCCGAGUGAUCUACUGUGUGGAUAUCAUCUUCUGGUACAUCCGCGUCCUGGACAUCUUUGGCGUCAACAAGUAUCUGGGGCCCUACGUGAUGAUGAUUGGGAAGAUGAUGAUCGACAUGCUGUACUUUGUAGUUAUCAUGUUGGUCGUGCUCAUGAGCUUCGGAGUAGCCCGUCAAGCCAUUUUGCACCCAGAGGAGAAGCCUUCAUGGAAACUGGCCCGAAACAUCUUCUAUAUGCCCUACUGGAUGAUCUACGGAGAGGUGUUUGCAGACCAGAUAGACCUCUACGCUAUGGAAAUCAAUCCUCCGUGUGGUGAAAACCUGUAUGAUGAGGAGGGCAAGCGGCUGCCCCCCUGCAUCCCAGGGGCCUGGCUCACUCCUGCCCUAAUGGCCUGCUACCUCCUGGUCGCCAACAUCCUGCUGGUGAACCUGCUCAUUGCUGUUUUCAACAAUACCUUCUUUGAAGUGAAGUCCAUCUCCAACCAGGUGUGGAAGUUCCAGCGCUAUCAGCUGAUCAUGACCUUCCACGACAGGCCAGUCCUGCCUCCACCCAUGAUCAUCCUGAGCCACAUCUACAUAAUCAUGUUACGUCUCAGUGGUCGCUGCAGGAAAAAAAGAGAAGGCGAUCAAGAGGAGCGGGAUAGAGGGCUGAAGCUGUUCCUUAGCGACGAGGAGCUGAAGAAGCUGCACGAGUUCGAGGAGCAGUGCGUGCAGGAGCACUUCCGAGAGAAGGAGGACGAGCAGCAGUCGUCCAGCGACGAGCGCAUCCGCGUCACCUGCGAGAGAGUUGAAGGUAUGUCAAUGAGGUUGGAAGAAAUCAACGAAAGAGAAAAUUUUAUGAAAACUUCCCUGCAGACUGUUGACCUCCGACUUUCUCAACUGGAAGAAUUAUCAGGCAGAAUGGUGAACGCUCUUGAAAAUCUUGCAGGGAUUGACAGGUCUGACCUGAUCCAGGCACGAUCCCGAGCUUCCUCUGAAUGCGAUGCAACUUACCUUCUAAGGCAGAGCAGUAUCAACAGUGCUGAUGGCUUCAGCUUGUAUCGAUACCAUUUUAACGGAGAAGAAUUAUUGUUUGAGGAUACUUCUCUCUCCAUGUCACCAGGGACAGGAUUCAGGAAAAGAACCUGUUCCUUCCGUGUGAAGGAAGAGAAGGAUGUGAAAAUGCAUCUAGUCCCAGAACAUCAGAACAGCCUUCACCUUUCACCAAACACAGCAGCCCUUCCAGAUGGCACUCACCUUGCAAUUGAGGACAUAAAGAAUGCUUCAGAGCCGAAGUUAGGUCCAGAUAUAGGGAUUUCCACUGAGGAGGAUGAAAGGCAGGCAGACUCUAAAAGAGAAGAAACUAUUUCCCCAAGUUUAAACCAAACAGCUGUAAUGCCGGGGCAGAACACAUCAGAUUUUGAAAACACUCAGCUCACAGUGGAAACAACCAACAUCGAAGGCACUAUUUCCUAUCCGCUGGAAGAAACCAAAAUCACCCGCCAUUACCCUGAUGAAACACUCCAUGCCUGUAAGACAACGAAGUCCAGAAGCUUUGUAUAUUCCCAGGGGAGAAAACUGGUCAGUGGGGCUAACAACUGGAACGCAGAGUACAGUUCAAUCAUGGACGAGCAGUGGACGACAGAGUGGAAAUGCCACGUCCAGAAGAUCACACGCUCUCGCAGCACAGAGAUCCCUCACGUCGUGUCGGAGGCUGCUCUGCAAGCUGAGCAGAAAGAGCAGUUUGCAGACAUGGAAGAUGAAGAUUGCGCUUCUGAAGCAGCUCCUCAAAUUCCUCGUUUAUCCCUAGCUUUUGUUGACAGAACUGGAAAGGAAAACUUGUUGUCUGUGAAACCAGAUCAAACUUUGGGAUUCUCAUGUCUAAGGUCAAAAAGUUUACAUGGCCAUCCCAAGCACGUCAGAUCCAUGCAGGGCAAAUUAGACAGACCAGGACACGCCAGCAGUGCGAGCAACUUGGAGGUUGUGUCUGGAAUGACAACAGAAAGAGGAAAGGUUAAGCAAGAGAAAACAUCCACAGAGAUUGAAUGCUGACCUAUUUUGUUUCUUUGACUUUUUUUUUUUUUUAACAAUCAGAACCACAAUUGGGUGCCAUCUCAGCCACCUAACAUCAUAAAUUUCUGAAAACAUUUUCCUUACAAUAAUUUGGAAAUAUAGACUAAAACAUUAAUACACUAAUCUUAGGGUUUAAUGUAUUGUUAGCAUACGUUUGCAGGCUUAGGUUUUUUUAGAAUGGGAGUAAAUUAAAGUCACAGCACUCCAAUAGAGAUAAAUUGGUUAAUCGGUAUGCAAGAUUAUACGAUUGCUUUAUUCCUGAGGGCCACCAAACCUCCUAAAAAUGCCUUUGGGCAUUUAAAUCAUCAUUAGUUCACUUAAGAGGUAAGCAACCACCUAAGAAAGUUAAGUUUAAAAGAGGGCAUA